UGUGAAGCCUGAAAACACUUACUUUAAAAGAAGAGAGAGGCUGAGACGCGUGUGUGCCUCUCGCUUGACCACAAACGUUCAGCCCAGUGGCACUGGACUAGCUUCCACCCUCCGUGGCUGCCGGAAGAUGCCGUGUCCUUGUAUGCGAGUACUCUCCUCCUGGCUUCUUUCCAUGAAUUCGGGACAGUGCAGAGUGACCCCUGAGCCCAGCCCACCGUGUGGGGCGGGAGCGGGAGAGCGGAGUGCCGGGAGGGACAUUUAGUGAAGGCAGGGUCUUCACUGUGUCCUCACGUCCUGAGAUGUCCCACGGGAUCCUCCCGAGUCCAAGGCAGCGAGUCACCUCUGUGCUUCCUUAUUAAAGUCAUCGUUCCUGUACUGUACAAGUAGCUCCGUGGGGUUUGGACGUGCCCUGUGCAGUGGUUCCUGUUGAAUAUGACCCCAGUUUACAGACUGGGAAAGCAAGGGGACCAUGGAGAACGCUAAUGGCACCGAGCAGAGCGGGACUGAGGACUCGCAUCCAGCCCAGGAGCAAGCUGGGAGCACCACUCUGCAGGAAGAACCGGAGCAGCUGCUUUAUCAUGAGGAAACCAUUGACCUCGGUGGAGACGAGUUCGGGUCUGAAGAGAAUGAAACUAUAUCGGAAGAUUCUAACAACUUUGUGGAUAAGCUUAAUGAGCACAUGAUGGAGAGCGUCCUCAUCUCUGACUCCCCUAACAAUAGCGAAGACGACACAGGUGACCUCGGCUGCUUGCAGGAUGUAGUGGAGCCUGCAGAAGGCAACUCAGGUCCCAGACUGGAAAGCCUUGUGGAUGAAGGAGCAGUGGACACCCUGAGCAACAACAGUGCGAGUGACGGGGAGGGGGUGUCUAAAGACAUCUCUGACACGACCCCCGACUCUGAGCACAAAGAAGUCAAAAGUGUGCCCGCCUUGGGAGAGGAGGGUGCAGAGGACCUGGGCCCAAGGGAUGAGAGCAGCCACCCAGAGGGACCAGGGGGCGCACCCCCUGCGAGGCAGUCCCCUCCCGCCGAGGAGCCCGUCCCAGUGUGCACUAUUUUCAGCCACUCGCUUCCUGCCCGCUCCCAGCCACCUCUGCUCCUGCGGGACGGCUUCGAGUCCCAGAUGGUGAAGUCCCCGAGCUUCAGUGGUGCCAGUGACACGGUGGCCAAAACCCCUCCCCAGGCAGUCCAGCCAAGCCCCAGCCUAAGUAAAUUUUUUGGCGAUCCGACCAACACUAAUUCGUUGGCCUCAGACUUUUUCGAUUCAUUCACAACUUCUACUUUCAUCUCCGUCAGUAACCCCAAUGCCGGUUCUUCAGUUCCAGAAAAACUGUCUUCACUCUCGACCCCGGUGGGUGAGAGAUCCCCAAGUGUUGCCGAGCCUUCUCACUCCCCGGGGAUCGAAAAAUCAGAAUCCAGUAUUUGCACAGCUUCCCUAGAAAUUCCUCAGUCUCCAAAACCGUUUUCACAGAUCCAGGCUGUGUUUGCAGGGAGCGAGGACCCCUUUGCCACAGCCCUGAGCAUGAGCGAGAUGGACCGCAGAAGCGAUGCCUGGCUCCCUGGGGAGGGGACCAGGGACGUCCUGAUUUCAUUAGCAACCCAGCAGUACAGCACGGUGUUUGUAGACAAGGAGAGCCUCACCAUGCCAGGCCUCAAGUUUGACAACAUCCAGGGGGAUGCAGUUAAAGACCUGAUGCUUCGCUUCCUGGGUGAGAGAGCCGCGGCAAAGAGACAGGUCUUAAAUGCCGAGUCCGUAGAGCAGACUUUUGUUGGGUUGAAACAGCUCAUCAGCUGCAAAAACUGGAGGGCAGCGGUUGACCUGUGCGGGCGCCUUCUCACCGCCCACGGCCAAGGCUACGGCAAGAGCGGGCUGCCCACCAGCCACACGGCAGACUCGUUGCAGCUUUGGUUUGUGAGGCUGGCACUGCUGGUGAAGCUGGGCCUUUUCCAGAAUGCCGAGAUGGAGUUUGAGCCCUUUGGAAAUCUAGACCAGCCAGAUCUGUAUUACGAGUACUACCCUCACGUAUACCCUGGGCGAAGGGGCUCCAUGGUCCCAUUUUCAAUGCGGAUCUUACAUGCAGAGCUUCAGCAAUACCUGGGGAAUCCACAGGAGUCCUUGGAUCGACUGCACAAAGUGAAGGCCGUCUGCAGCAAGAUCCUGACAAAUUUGGAGCAAGGCUUAGCUGAAGACGGGAGCAUGAGCAGCAUCACACAGGAGAACAGACAAGCCUCCAUUCAGCUGUGGAGGUCCCGCCUGGGCCGGGUGAUGUGCUCCAUGGCAAACUGCCUGCUCCUGAUGAAGGACUAUGUGCUGGCUGUGGAUGCUUAUCACUCAGUUAUCCAGUACUACCCAAAGCAGGAGCCACAGCUGCUGAGCGGCAUCGGCCGGAUCUUCCUCCAGAUUGGAGACAUAAAAACAGCUGAGAAGUAUUUUCAAGACGUGGAGAAAGUAACACAGAAAUUGGAUGGACUACAAGGCAGGAUAAUGGUUUUAAUGAACAGAGCUUUCCUUCACCUUGGUCAGAAUAACUUUGCAGAAGCCCACAGAUUCUUCACAGAAAUCCUCAAGAUUGACCCAACAAAUGCGGUGGCCAACAACAACGCUGCCGUGUGCCUUCUCUACCUGGGCAAACUCAAGGACUCCCUCCGGCAGCUGGAGGCCAUGGUCCAGCAGGACCCCCAGCAUUACCUGCACGAGAGCGUGCUCUUCAACCUGACCACCAUGUAUGAGCUGGAGUCCUCCCGCAGCAUGCAGAAGAAGCAGUCCCUGCUCCAGGCGGUCGCUGGCAAAGAAGGGGACAGCUUCAACACACAGUGCCUCAAGCUGGCGUAGGGCACUCGCCUUCGGAGCCACCAGGGCCUCUGUAAACCGUGUACACUGGACCUAAGAUAUUAGCAGGACUGACGGACUCAAUAAAAUCUUUCACAGGUGCCUGGAAACAGGUCUUCUUUGUCUGGAGCCAGGGUGGAGGUCCAGGCCCUUCUGGCGCCCUGUCAGACUCCACCGAGCUCCGUGCCCACAGCUCUGCCGUGGUUCAGGAGUCCAGGGGGUGAACGUGCUCUGCACACGGUGGGCAUAGGCAGCAGUGGCCCAGAGGAUGCACUGGGUCCCUUUUGUUUAUUCUUGAAAGCUGGGCUGUUUCACGUAUUAAUUCUGAAUAUCCUCAGAGACAAGCUGAAAAACAUAAGCUCCCUUCUCACCCUGUAAAUCUUCUAGUUCAUUUGGGCAUAAAAGCAGAGAAACACCAAA